GCUAAAGUUUCUUUAGUUGCCGAAUUUUCCUUUCCCUUGUGCAGUUAGGACGCUACGGACCAAACUACUGGAGAGGUGUUCCGUGCCCAAAAUUCUGGCCAGGCUUAUGGCUGGUUUCCGUUUGCUAGCUCUGGUUCUGGCAGUAUUGGGAUGUUGUAUAGGAACCGUGACUGGUCAGAAUGACCCAACACUGAAGUAUUAUGAAAAUGAGACCACUCUAUUCACCGUGACCAAGAGCCUCUCCGGGUCAUUCGCUGACCUUGGGGCUUUCCCUCACUGGUGCGCCGGCAACGUCAGCAUUUGCAACAACGGCUUUACUGUGGCAGUCUGGAUAAAACCAUCCGCCGCAAAUGCAGAGGCCAAAAAUAUUGUCGUAAUAUCAAAUGGCGGCCAUGCAGCGGACGGGGACGGAUAUUACGUCACACAGGUGUACGGGAACCAAUACGAGGCUGGGGUCAAAUAUGGCGGCAAUGUGUGGAAGGUCAAGUUCAGUUUGACGUCUGAUGAGUGGGUCCAUCUUGCGUUAAGCUGGUCAUCCAGCCUCGGUUUGACAGUGUACGUGGAUGGCUUGGUGGAGAAUGCAGAGACAAGCGUUGAUGUGCGCGAUGCUGCGACGUCCGACUACGUGGGAGAAUAUGGCAUUGUUGUGGGUCUGGAUGAGUACGGACUUCCGCUGACGUCAGAGUCGAGGUUCCUCGUGUCAAGUGUCGACGUGUACAACGACAUCAGCGUGGCAAGUAACCUCGUCAAGCUUGUAGGUGAAAAUGACUCCUUGUUCCUGGGAUGUGAACCGUCUUUCAACGCUCAGCUUAAUCUCACCACGAAUGUGUCCACUCUUGACCACCCCAUCCACGAGUGUCGCCAGUUCUGCAAAGAUCACAACAUGUCCUACGCGUUCCUCCAGGACAACGCGCAAUGCAGCUGUGUGAACAUGGACCCCCAGGUCAGCAGCCCAGCUGGGUGUGUCGGGGACUGGAAGGUAUAUUUGGUCUCCCACGUCAAAACCACACACACAAACAUCGUCCUGAGCCUGACGAGCCAACGACUCAGCCCCAGGAACUACACCAAGCCAGGAGAAGAUGUUCUCUUGAUGGCGUCCAUUAACGUCAGCGUUGAUGUCAGCUUCAGCUUCAACUUCAACGACGGAAUCAGCGUGUCUAGUGGAUACCCUCCGGUUAGUCAUUCGUGGAGUAGUGAAGGAGAUUACGUCGUCACUGUGUCGACAACGAUCGGGUUAAUCCACUUGAAGAAGACAAUAUUGAUCAAAAUAGAAGAUGUGGAUGAAGGUCAGAGUCCCUAUCUGGUUGAACUGUCUGGAAUCCACCCGACGGAUAAAUCUAAAAGGUGUGAGAUACAGCUGACUGUAAACGAUCCAGUCAACACAAACUGCACUGUGACGUACGGUGACGGCAGCUCUUCCUUCCUGAUGUACACGGAUUUUCUGUCAUCACAGACUGAAGUUCACGAUUACGCCGGUAUUGGUCAGUAUGAUACCACAGCCGUUUGUUCCAACCAAUAUGGGUUCACGGUUGACAACUUCGAUUUUCUGUCCAAGGAAUUUUAUGAAUAUUAUCAAUAUAUUCAAAUCGGUAUGGUGGUACGGUUUGAUGUGGUGGGUCCGGGUACAUUUGUUGACGAUCUGGUCACAGAGGUCAACGGAACCGCGGUAACACCUGUAAAGACAGCUACACAAGUAGAGGUACAAGGCACAGACUUUACUGCAGGGUCCGACCUUAAAGUAGAUCUCAUAUGGCACGACCAGCUUUUGCAGAGAAAGUACAUACGAGCUGAAAGGAGAACCCCAAAACCAAAAAUCAAUGCUAGCAAGUUGGCUGGACCGUGGAAUAUGACCGUGAACUUUACGAUAGAAAUCCCGCCGGGAGACUUCAUGGCGUUGACCUUCAACUACGGCAACGGCCAACCGAGUGAAGUGUACUACAUCCAUGAUUCCACAGAGACUCUGUACAUUCCGGGCGAGGCAGAAUACACCAGCCUUGGCGGGUAUGGCCUCUUUGCGAGGGUGGCUAAUGACAUCACCUCUGAAAUGGUUGGGGAGGAAAUGUCUGUGGAGGUUCCCGUGUUCGCCAUCAGCCUUGCGUCAGCCAACGUGACGUCGUUGUCAACCCCGGUGGGACUUACAGUUGAUGUGAACAUGGGAAACAAGGGUCCACCCAAAGUUGUCUUCACCAUUGACUACCGGGAUGGAACGGCGCCAAAGGUUCAUGAAUAUGACAACACCGACCCUGUCGGUUUUCUCCCCUUCAGCACCGACUAUACCUACAGCGACUGGGGCAUCUACAGAAUCAUGGUUACAGCUUCUAACAAUAUAAGCUCCGUAACUGAACAGGUAUUGGUUCAGGUUGGACAGAAUAUUACAACGAUCGACAUCGUGUCAAACAUUGAUAGAAUUCCCAUCAACGGCCAGGUCACCUUUACGGUCACAUGCCCAACCGGAUCUGAAGUCACGUAUGAUAUUGACUUCGGUGACGAAACAAGCUUUUCUUUACCAGAGCAUAUUACAGGUGGAGUUAAAACUGAUGUACAAACCGUCGGGAGGGUUAUAUCUGAGAGUGUUGUCAACAUCACCCACACAUACAUGGACACCGGCUACUUCAAUAUUAGCGUGUCGGCCACCAACGAUUUCAGCCACGCAACAGCGCCUCUGUGUCCAACUGUGAUAGUAGAUUAUGAUACGACACCCGGACCUCAAGUCUGUUCUAUCCCAACUGUGAGUUUCAGGAACAUUGACCCAACAAGCCAAAUCAGUCCAGCCGAGCACAAAAGGUCAGAGGAGAUGUUGGUCACGGUGGAUACUGACCUCAACUGCAUAAAGAACUCGACGGCAAAUUUCUCCUGGAAGGCACUGAAGAUCACCAUAGACCAAGGCACUCAGACGGAGACCCAAGUCCAUGAGAUCUGCAAGUUCCAGGAGACUAACAAUACGCUGACUAUCCCUCCUCUAGGGCUACCGUACGGGCUGUACAAAAUCACAGUAACUGUGGCCCCGGUUGACCACGACCUGAUCAGUGCUUCACAUGAUCUGUACCUCCGUAUCAUCAUGUCUGAACCAGUCGCUGAGAUCAUCGGCGGGGACGUCCAAACCUUCCUCAUCUACGCGAACGCUAUCUUGGACGUUUCGGCGUCUCGCGAUCCGGAUUUGACGAGUAACGUUAGAAAUGGCCUAAUCUACGACAUGUUCUUUCUACCAAGUACUGACUUAGACUCUGCUAAAGCUCUAACAUUAGCGCAAUUGAAAUCUCAAUCAACAGUACGUCACACAGAUACUUUGUACAAAGGACAAACCAAAAAUCCUUUGGGUAUAUACGAAAAAGGACAUGUUUUCAAUGACACAGCAAGUCUACCUGAUGCCCUGACUAGAUACAACGCCAAAAUAUCCUUCCCUGCAAGUUACUUUGUCACCGAUUAUUUCUCCUUUGGGAUCAUCUUGUACAUCACCCGAAACAACUUGAUGUCGAUGACAUCUCAGAUAAUUGACAUCAGGAAGACCAACCAGAGCCUUGAUGACCUCUCCUCCCUCCUCGACAUGGCCCGAAACGCCGACCCCGACACCGCCAUCAGACUCUGCGAUGGUGCUGCCGCAGCCAUUCUCAACCAAGAGGCUUCAUCGGUGGAAGAACAGGAAAAACUGGCAGAGUCGACAGAGGCGGUGGUGGAUACCCUGGGGUCAGUUGCCAAACGGGUGGACAAUGCCAACCAGGCAUCCAAGUGCGCAGGCGCAAUAAAGACGAUGACCAGUAACAAAGACAUCGUAUCAGAAGGGUCAAGGUCGUCCGCCGCUGAUGCGUUCGUGAAUCUGGCAAAUAGUACCUCUAACAUGGAAGAUGCUACAGUAGAUGAUGCGGAGAACUUUGCUGGAGAGUGUCUAGGCGGUUUUGACAACAUAUUCCCAUCAAAUGAGGACGCCACCAAACCUAAACGGGGGCGACGGAAGGACACAUCUAACGCCAACAGCAACGACGUCUCAACCGUACUGCCAUAUACCGGAGAGAUGACGACCCCAAUGUCCACACUGUCCUCAACGACGGUGGAGACUACGACGCUACCACCGACAACAACAACGAUGGCUACAACAACCACCACCACUAUAGCCAGUACAACAUCUGCUAGCGGCGUCGUCAUUAACUACGUUGCGGUGGGCGACAGCAGCAUUGACGUCGCUGAGAACCUGCUCAACAAUCUCCCAGAGAAGCUGACUUAUGAUGAGUUAUUUUACUACAUCUUCGACGAUUGCUCUCUGUUCAGAAAGGUCAUGAAGACUGAGAGGGUCCAGUACACUUGUCCUUGUGUCAGCCCCAAACAGAUCGACGACAUGAAGUGCUCCGGGACAUGGACCGAUCAGGAAAGGAUCUUCGCCACAAUGACGUACCUGGAACAUCCUGACGAUAUAUACGACUACUACCUCAUCCCCCCUCGAUUUCUCUUUGCAUCUGUUGCAUCGACGUUUGAUUGGUUGGUUGUUAAGGACGCCGUGGUGGCUAAGUCUGGCUCCAACGCUCUGUCAACCGUGGCAGACACCGUGAACAAUAAGGCUCCAGAGGGUGACGACAAAGAACGGACCUUCAACUCCAACAGACUCGGACUCAAGGUGCAGAAACUCAGCGUCAAGAAAAACAACGGAACCAAGAACUCCACAGAUUCCAAACCGAAGACCCAGACGAUGUCGAUGGAUGUGGGGACAUUCAACAUGCCUUUGGACGCCCUGCCCGUCUCGUCCGACUGCCCGGGGGUCAACACCAUGUUCCUUGGAGACAGCGACAACCCGUACAGUUUCUCCAAGGAGAAGUCCAGUGUAGGGAAGGGGGUGCUAAGUCUGGGCUACAGCUGUGGAGGCAGCGAGCUGUCGGUGAAGAACACGGCUGAGCCCAUCGAGAUGUGGAUGAGCCGUGACGAGAAGGCCUACUCCUCGAGCCUAUUCGUCUUGAUCACUAAAUGGAACAGCGACAUUCCAUCAAUCAACUACCACCCCCUCAACCUCACAGACAAGAACAGUUCUAUCCAGGUGGUCUUACGUCCUGGAAAAGCAAACGAAGCUUACGACGUCUUUGUCAUGUACGACAGCCACCCCAACGUGACACACUACGACUUCAAAGACUAUGUACCCAAGGACGACUUAUCAAUGUUCGUUAACGUCACGGAAGAUGAACUCGAUGAGUUGAAGUAUACUGUCACUGUGCCAACGUCAAUGACGUCAAUGAACGGGACAUAUUGGAUCGGUGUUAAACUAAAACGUGGCACGGUGUCUAUCUCGGAGGACACCACCAAUAACACCUACAGCUUGAUGAACCUGGUGUCUGGGUGUCGGUAUUGGGACACUGAAGGAGAGGCGUGGUCUUCAGAGGGCUGCACGGUGGGUCCACUCACGACCAAGUACCGUACCCAAUGUCUCUGCACACAUUUGACGUCUUUCGGCUCCGACUUCGUUGUUGCUCCCAACACCAUCGACUUCACCAACGUAUGGGCCAAGUUUGCUAAUCUCAACGAGAACGCUGCCGUCUUCUCCACCGUCAUCACCAUCCUGGGCAUCUACGUCAUUGGCCUCAUCUGGGCCCGAUACAUGGACAAGAAAGACAUCAUGAAGUGGGGAGCGACGCCAUUGGUAGACAACCUCCCAACCGACAACUAUCAUUACCAAAUUUCGGUACAGACCGGCAUGAGGAAGAACGCUGGCACCGACUCCAAGAUCAGUAUCAUCCUCUCGGGCGACGACAGUGACACCGGCGUCAGACGACUGGACGACGGCAAGCGGAAUCACUUGGGCCGUGGAUCUAUCAUGAACUUUGUGUUGAGUGUGGAGAGCACCCUUGGGUCCUUGACAUUCAUGAGGAUCUGGCAUGACAACGCGGGGAAGGGCAAGCAGCAGAGCUGGUACCUGGACCAGGUGCAAAUCACGGACCUGCAGACUGGGGAAAAAUCCUUUUUCCUGUGUGAUCGAUGGCUGGCCGUGGAAGAAGACGACGGUAUGGUUGACAGAAUCCUGCCCGUGGCUGGUCUCAACGAUCUGAUUGCCUUCAAGCACCUCUUCUCGUCGUCUGCCCGGAAGAAGCUUACAAAUGAGCAUCUGUGGGUGUCGGUGUUUUCCCGCCCAACGAGAAGUAACUUUACCCGAGUACAGAGAAUCUCCUGCUGCGUGUCUCUACUCUUCCUCACCAUGAUUUCAAACUGCAUGUUCUUCAAGACGGAAGGGAAGCAGGAAAACGUCACCGCCAUCCAAAUCGGACCCAUUUCAAUAACGCUGCAAUCCAUCUUCGUCAGCAUCAUCAGCACCUUCAUCGUGUUCCCCGCCAGCUUCAUCAUGGUGACAUUCUUCAGACGAUGCAGACCCAAGAAGAACGCGAUCAUGCAGAAGAACCAACAAGAUCCAAAACGAGGCCAGAAGUAUCGUUGGAAGAACAUUCACAGUUCUGCCGGGAUGUUUGGAUCGAAGACCCAGAAAACCAAGAUGCAGAAGUUCAAAGAAAGCAUGUCUGGCAUCCUCAGUUUUCAUCAAAAGAACAAGUAUGAUAUGGAUGAGGAUGGUGUUGGACAUGAACAAAUCAGGUUGGAGAAGAAGACAAAGAGGAAGAAGAAGCCGUGGAGCCUUCCUCACUGGUGUACCUAUAUCGCAUGGGUUGUUUGUUUUCUGAGCGUCGUGGGGUCGGCGUUCUUUACCAUCCUGUACAGUAUGGAGUGGGGUAAGGAGAAAUCCAACGAGUGGCUCAUCGCCUUCGUCCUCUCCUUCUUCCAGUCAGUAAUUGUCGUGCAGCCAAUAAAGGUGCUUCUCAUCGUCGCAUUCAUCGCGUGUAUCCUCAAGAAGCCGGAAUUGGACGAGGAGGACCUGAACGAGAACAUCGACAACGUGUUGGCCCCAGACGAGGAACUCUUGUCCAAGAAACAGGAUCCUGCCACUGUGUCUGCCAUCCUCCUUCAACGGAAAAUGGCCAACAGCGAGUACGCCCCUCCCGACACCAAGGACCUGGAUGAGGUCAGAGAUCUGAGACUGAAGGAGAUCAAGAUGGAAGCCGUCCUUAAGGAGAUCAUCAUCUACACCUUCUUCGUCCUCGUCAUCUUCUUCCUCUCCUACCAACAGAGGGACUCGGACAGCUUCGGCUUCGGUCAAAACAUCAAGAACAGAUUUGUCGGCAAGUUUGAAAAGAUCUCUACCAUCCCCGACUACUGGAACUGGCUCAACACAACCUUCAUCCCUGCCAUGUACGCCACCCACUACUCCAACAACACCGAGAUCACCGACUGGCAGGACAGGGCGUGUAUAAAUGACCAUCAGACACGCCGAGUAGGCGUGGCCAGGCUUAGACAGAUGAGGGUCAAGGAAGAUACGUGUACAAUUCAGCCCAAAAUGAAGACCCUUAUUAACCACUGUCGAGACGAAUACGGCUGGACGGAUGAUGACACCAAGCCGUAUCUCCCUCAAUGGCAGAUCAUACCGGAAGAAAACAAAACAGACAGCAAGAAGUGGAAGACACCGUGGGUUUACCAGAGCUCUGUCAAACUGGCCAAUGCUCCAUACGUGGCCACCAUCGCCACGUACAAGGGAGGCGGCUACGUGUCCCUGUUGGCGCGUCAGGCUUGCAGGACGAAGCAGAUCAUUGCGAACCUCCAGGACAACGAUUGGCUUGAUCUGAGGACACGUGCCGUGUUCAUGGAGUUCACGUUUUACAAUCCAAAUGUUAACCUGUUCGCUUCCGCUGUGUUUGUGAUCGAGUACAUGGCGACUGGUUCAGCUGUGGCGAGAGUUGAAGUCAAGAUAUUCCGCUUGUUGAGUUAUGUGGGUGGCUGGGGACUGGUGGUGCUCCUAUUUGAGAUAAUCUACGGCUGCUUCACACUCUAUUUCUUCAUCCGCUGUGUCACUCAAGUAAAGAAGCAGAGACUCAAGUACUUCAAGAACUUCUGGAUGAUCCUGGAGUUCGUCCUGCUGUGCUUUGCAGUUGCUUGCAUCGUCAUGUAUGCCUUCAAGCACAUCCUAACAGAGAUCGCAAUGCACUCGCUACAUGACAGAGAGUCGGACGGCUUCGUGAACUUCCAGUCGGUGUCGUUGUACGAUGAGACGUACGGCUACGUUAUGGCCGUCGUGGUGUUCAUGGCCACCAUCCAGUUCAUGAAGCUCCUGCAGUUCAACCAACGCAUGAACAUGCUAGGAGACACGGUAAAACUGGCCACCAAGGAUCUGAAGGUGUUCUCCGUCGCCUUCCUCCUCUACUUCUUCGCCUUCACCGCAACGGCUUACCUGCUGUUCGGUCAAGCCAUGGUCACAUACAACAGCAUCGUCGGGGCCGCCGAGUCAAUGUUCGCGUUCGCACUCGGCAGCUUUGACUUCGAAGCGAUGGCAGAUGCUCAGAAAAUCCUCGGACCUCUCUUCUUCUUCAGCUUCAUCGGCGUCAUCUACAUCGGCCUCAUGAGCAUCUUCCUCACCAUCAUCGGGGACGCUUUUACUCAAGUCAAGGCGAAUGUUGCCCUACAGUCCAACGAACACGAGAUCGUAGACUUCAUGUGGAAGAGACUCAAAGGACUUCUCGGGUUUACUUAGUUCUCAUGCACUUAUCAAGAGGCUCAAUACAAAACAUGGUCCAUAUAUUGUUAUCAAAAGCAAUAACAUUGAAUAUUUCAUAGAUUUUGUAUCCUGAAAUCGUCCGUCUAAACAAUGCAUCGCAUGCAAGAAAAGGCAUGCUUAGUCUCACCAGCUUCAUUUUCUGGAAACAAUGAGCCCUACAUCUUACCCCUGAGCCUCUUAAAAUCUACGAUCCAGAAGUUCGACCCUGGUUGUAACACACCACCUAGUUGUGUGUCGUAGACAACAAGUCUUUCUAUGUUCGCGGUUAUUUGUAGAGAACAAUCAUACUUAGCCGAAAUAGACAUUGUGAUCUUAAUACUAACACUCUGAUCCUGCUAGACACGUUAUUACUAUCAGUAUAUUCUCUGGUAGGCAUGUCAUAAUCGAAAAUACGAAUUUACUCUGAAAUUCAAACAUGAGCUUUAAAUGGAUAUGCUACGUACAGAAACGCUGAAAAUAUAAUUAAAAUUGACAGAAUAUAUUGUUUCAUGGUUAUGUAAACAAUCUUUGGUAUUAUAUUCCAGUGGCCAAUCGCAUAUUGAUGUCUAAAACUUUCUCUAAAGUGUUUUUUAUACACAGUUUUUCCAUUGACCUUUUUUUUAAAAGUGUUUUUAAUAUUAAAAAUUACGAUUUUGUUGCAACAAUCAUGACAUUUCUGUGUCUUGUGAUGCACGUUGAGAACUGUAGGACGACCUGUAUACCCUACGGGAAUUGUGAUAGCAUGUAGACUGUGAUAUACGUAUGUAUUGUUAAUGUGGAAUGUUGUCCCUCAUGCAGACAAAGAUAAAUGGAGAUGGUCUUGACGAACCCUGAUGCAUCGUGCCAGUCUGUGACAGCACUGUCUUGUAAUGUUAUGUUGACAACGAACUCCAGACUACCUUACUUAACCCAGUCUCUCUCUCUUACUCCCUCAACUCUUCUCUCAUUCCCUCUCUCUCCCUCCCUCUCUCUAAUUCUUUCCUUCACUCUGUUUCUCUCUCUCCUGAAUUCG